GAAAUUUCCGUAUCUUAUCGUUCACCUCGGCGAAGGGCCCAACUCGAUCCUCCAAAAAACUUUCAGCCUCGCAUCGCAAGCCAAACGACGAAGCGACCUCCCAGCGAAAAAUCGAUCAAGCUUCCCUCCUCCAUCCGCGAACAGAUCUACCCACGGAAUUACCCAGAGACUGCCAAUGGGUGCGCGCUGAACAAAUGGCGUCCCAGCAGAUCCUCUUCUCGCCCGCCGAGCUCGCCUACCUCCACCGCUCGCUCUCUCUGAAGCCGCCCAUCCGCCCCGACGGCCGCUCGCCCGCGCAGUUCCGGCCGCUGACGGCCGAGACGGGCAUCCUGCCCGGCACCAACGGCAGCGCGCGCGUGCACUUCUCCGACGGCACCGAGGCCAUCGUGGGAGUCAAGGCCGAGAUCGAGAAGACGGUCGAGGCGCCGCGCGCCGAGGAGCCGGACCGGCCACGACCGGAGGGCAAGGAGGCCGACGGUGUGCGCACCAGGGGCGACUGGCUUGAAUUGGCGGUGGAGAUUCCCGGGCAGCGCGAUGACGAGGCCUCGACGGUGUUUCUGGCCGAGAUGUUGAGGGAGGCGUUGUUGGCCGACAAGGAGUUUGCCAAGAAGCUGUUCAUCAACAGGCGGUUUCACUGGAGGUUAUACCUCGACGUUCUUCUCAUCUCCCCGCCGCUUUCAUACCCCCUCCCCCUCCUCUCCCUCACCACCCACCUCGCCCUCCUAGCAACCCGACUCCCGCGACUCAAGUCCGAGGGCGACGAGGACCCCAUGUUCGACGACGACUGGGAGGCAUCGACGUUCCUGUAUCCGCGAGAGGGCGCUGCGACUAGUGGAUCCCGGCCGCCCAUCACGCUGCUCGUCGUGGCCGUCGGCGACAAUGUCAUCUUCGACCCUGCGAAGGAGGAGCUUGCCGUUGCCGAGACGGCGCUUGCCGUGUCCGUCGCCGAGGUGCGCCGGGCACAGAAGGCUGGCGACAUGGAGGUGGACUCGAAGGGACGCGAGCUCAGCCUGCUGUCGAUCCGGACCAUCGAUCCGCCGUCGAGGCUGACGCCGCCCGGCGUGCCCCAUACCAGCAACACCAGCUCAUCGGCCUUUGCGCCUGCCAAGCAGCAAAAAGCGGGAGAGGAGGAGACGGAGGGAGUGUGGAAAGCGCCUCUUGGCGGCACUAAGUUUGGGGUGCUGGAUGGUAUAAUACAGGCCGUGCUGGAAAAGGGAGGCGUUGCGGACGAGGUUCUGGACGGAUUGGAGGGCGUGGAAUUGUCAUAAAGGGACAUGCAACAAAAAUCUACUGCCAUGGAGAGGAAGGUAUAGAGGAGAUUUACAGGUGUUCAAAGGGAUGGAUACCUAGUAUUA